CAGGAGACUAUACGUGACUACGCCUUUGACGUACGUAUGCUUUCUAUUUGCUCCUUGGAGAUUCCCCUUCCUUCCUGGGCUGUUUGAGGAGACAUGCGGCGGCGGAGAGCCCGGGCAGGUUACUGAGGCUAAAGUCCAACCCAGGAGCAACUUGUCGUCUUGAUGGCUACCAAAAGUUAACGCACAGGCGGCUGAAAAACAGGAAUCAUUCUCCUUGAAGCGACUUGAGCCACUCUCACUCUCCUGGCUCCAUGGCCGCAGCAGUGCGAGGUAGCGAGUGGUCUUGUGGACGAUGCACCUUUCUAAACGCCGGCGCAGCGCCUCGCUGCUCCAUCUGUGAGGCGCCGCGCCAGAAACCUGACCUCAACCAGAUCCUGCGGCUGAGCAGCACUGAGGAGCACCGCUGGGCAUGUCCCCGCUGCACGCUUAACAACCCGCAGGGAUCUGGAGCCUGCACUGUCUGCGGUUUCGGACCAUCCCCAGCCACUCACACGCCCCCUACCACUACCAUUGCUUCGACUGCCAACGGGCUCCCACCCGUUCCAGUUGAACCUCUGACAACUAUUGUAACCCCCACAGUUCUACUUGAGCCACAUGGACAGCAGCUGGCAAAGGAGGAGGUGCUUCGGCGAUCAGAAAGCAAUGGAGAGGUGUCUGGUCUGGAAGGCUAUCACUCUGGGUGGGCCUGCCCCCGCUGCACUCUCCAUAACACCCCUGUAGCUCUAUCAUGCUCAGCCUGUGGUGGACCCAGGAAACUCUCUUUGCCUAAAAUCCCCCCUGAAUCACUUGUGGUGCCUGAGGUGCGCACACCUGUGCUGGGGUUUCCUGUCCACACAGCAGGGGCUGCCCCUCUACUCAUAGACCUCACAGAUGACUCUCCCCCAGCACCUCCGUGUGAUCCUCAAGAACCCCCCCAAGUUCCCUCACAGAUCCUCUCCUCCCCUUUUCCUUCUUUCUCCUCCUCACUCCAAAACAACCCUGUACCCCGCAGUAGGAGAGAGGUGCCUCCUCCAGGGCGCCCACCAAACCCGGGAACCAACACUCCCAGUCCCACCUCCCCUUCUGCGGUCAGCGUGCCCCCCCAGCCUGGCCAACAGCGGCCUGCCAAGCCUAAACACGCCCAACCCCAGGAGCCCUCUUACCCCAGCAAGCGCCUCAGUAUCUUAGAGGAAGAAGACUCUCAGCACCAUCCACUAACCCCCCAUCUCGCUGUGGCUUCCUCAGCGGCCCCCACCUGGAAGUGCCCUAGCUGCUCGUUGCCCAACCCCGGCUCGUCAAAGUGCGAGGCUUGCCGAUCGUCACGUGCUGGUGCUGACCUCAUUGACCUCGUGGGCUGUGAGACGGUACGAUUCACCCCGGCCAGCCCCUCAAGUCCGGACUUUAGCACCUGGGCCUGCUCCAAGUGCACGUUGCGCAACCCAACCGGUGCACCAAAGUGCUCUGCCUGCGGUUCCUCCAAACUGCAUGGCUUUCAGGAACAGCAGGCUCUGCUGCCCCGCUGCUGUUCAAACUGUGGUACUGCAUCGUGCUCCUGUACACCUGCCUCCUCUUCAUCCUCCUCGGCUCAUAAAACACGGAAACUAGCCCGAGGCUUCCCUUCUUCUUCUUCUUCUUCUUCUGUGAUUGCUUCUUCCUCCUCCUCCUCCUCUGCCUCAUCCAGCCUUCAGGAGAAGGUGGCACAGUGGAGCUGCCCAGCAUGCACACUGCUCAACGACAUCAAGGCCAAGAACUGUGCAGCGUGCCACACGCCCCAGCAGUACCUCACCCUGCGCAAGGUGGUCAAGCCUCUGAAAAGGAGGGAGAGCAUGCAUGUAGAGGCCCGUCGGCGAAAUGACGAGGGCGAAGCCAAGGAGCUUUGGGAGAACAUCGUCAGCUUCUGCAGAGAGAACACUGUGAACUUUGUGGACGACAGUUUCCCACCGGGACCGCGCUCUGUCGGCUUCCCAGAGGGCGACAGCGUCCAGCAGCGAAUCAAAAAGUGGCUCCGUCCGCACGAGAUCAACUGCAGCAACUUCAAAGACCGGGGAGUCAAGUGGUCCGUCUUCCGCACGCCACGGCCUUCUGACAUCCUGCAAGGCCUGCUGGGAAACUGCUGGUUCCUGAGUGCACUGGCGGUGCUGGCGGAGCGUCCUGAGCUUGUGGAGAGGGUGAUGAUCACCAGGACAAUCUGCACCGAGGGGGCCUACCAGGUCCGGUUGUGUAAAGACGGGACGUGGACGACGGUGCUCGUGGAUGACAUGCUGCCCUGUGACGACUAUGGCUACCUCCUGUUCUCUCAGGCCCAGAGGAAGCAGCUAUGGGUGGCUCUGAUUGAAAAGGCCCUGGCCAAACUCCACGGCUCAUACUUUGCCCUGCAGGCGGGGCGCGCCAUCGAGGGCCUGGCCACGCUGACGGGUGCUCCGUGUGACUCCCUGAUGCUGCAGGUCAGCUCCACCAACCCUCGGGAGGAACCCAUCGACACGGACCUCAUCUGGGCCAAGAUGCUCAGCUCCAAAGAGGCGGGCUUUCUGAUGGGUGCAUCUUGUGGAGGAGGAAACAUGAAGGUAGAUGAUGUCGUCUAUGAGUCUCUGGGUCUGCGGCCUCGACACGCCUAUUCUGUCCUUGACGUACGAGACGUCCAGGGUUACAGGUUGUUGCGGCUGCGUAACCCGUGGGGUCGCUUCUCGUGGAACGGCAGCUGGUCAGAUGAGUGGACAGACUGGCCGCAGCACCUUCGUCACGAGCUGAUGGCUCACGGCAGCAGCGAGGGCGUCUUCUGGAUGGAGUACACAGACUUCAUAAAGUACUUUGACUCAGUGGACAUCUGCAAGAUCCACUCAGACUGGCAAGAGGUGAGACUGCAGGGCUGCUUCCCCAGCAAGGCGAGCGGGCCCGUCACCGUCACGGCGCUCACCGUGCUGGAGCGGACGGCGUUGGAGUUUGCUCUCUUCCAGGAAGGAAGCAGGCGUUCAGACACGGCCGACAGCCACCUGCUGGACUUGUGCAUCAUGGUGUUCCGAGCGUCCUUCGGCAGCGGCAACAAGCUGACUCUUGGUCGCUUGUUGGCUCACAGCAAGCGAGCAGUGAAGAAGUUUGUGGGCUGUGAUGUGAUGCUAGAGCCGGGCGAGUACGCUGUCGUCUGCUGCGCCUUCAACCACUGGCAGAUGAACGUCAGCGGGACGGGAGGACCCCCCACACCAAUCUCAAGCCCCACCAGUGGAGCAGCACGACGGCCAAGCCAGGAAUUUCCCGGCUACGUCUUGGCAAUUUACAGCUCCAGACAGGUGAUGGUGGAGCAGGUGGAGGCGACUGCCACCACGCUGGCCGAUGCCAUCAUCCUGCUCACAGAAAACAAAGGCGAAAGACAUGAGGGCCGGGAGGGCAUGACGUGCUACUACCUGACCCACGGCUGGGCGGGGCUUAUUGUGGUGGUGGAGAACCGCCAUCCCAAAUACUACCUCCACGUCUCCUGUGACUGCACUGACAGCUUCAAUGUGGUGUCCACACGGGGAAGCCUCAAGACCAUCGACAGCGUGCCUCCUUUGCACAGGCAGGUGCUGGUGGUGCUGUCCCAGCUGGAAGGAAACGCCGGCUUCUCCAUCACCCACCGCCUGGCUCACCGCAAAGCAGCCCAGGCCUCGCUGGGAGACUGGACCCCCACCAAGGCCACACACAGCCCCCAGCUCACUCCAGACAUUGACGGCCUGCACAGACCACGGCCGCUAUGACCACUGUCCACGUCCUCGCACACACAGACGUUUUAGUCCAUUAAAGUGUCAGAGCACUGGAAACCGGGCGAGGGUUAUGAUACACACCUGAAUGUAAAGCACUAUGGAGAAUUUUUGUGCUGUAACGCACCAUAAAGUCUUCAUCCGACCUUGCAGGAUCUCUCCCUUGCCAAGUGGAUGUGCCAUGUCCGGAUGAAACAAGGGAAGCAGGCAAAAGUAUUUUUCACACAGGAUCCAGUUUAGACUACUUAAACUUUUGGACAUUUUGGUACGAGCGCUGUACGUGGAACUGAUGUCAUCCCCUGCUCGGAAACAGGGUGGAAUGCCGUAACUACUGAGCCAUUUUCCGGCCCACAUUCUUUGAGCCAGCCUCCUGCAACGAUCAGACAUUUAACCCUAUAUUGUCCACAAAGUAGGAGACUUCAGGGGGAGUUUAUCUUGGUACUUACAAUGAGCCAACUUGUAGUUUCACUCAAAUGUCGUCGUGGUUUUUAUUAUUAUUUGAGAACACACACAUUGGUCUUACUUGUUGUUUGCGCCACCCUUGUUGCGGUCUUGUCCAUAUUUGGGGGUUUGAGGAAAUAGAAAAAGCCAUCGUUCAUAUUGUACUGUGUUGCAUCAUACUUCAUAUUGGGUGGAGUGGUGUCCAGCCCCUCUAGCUCAGGACCAAACCCAGGAUUUGUAAAGUUAACCAGGGUCAAGCUAGUCUUAAAGCUGAUGUUGCUCAGACUGCUGGAGUAACUGUGGUAAAGAGCAGUGUCGUUGUGAAAUACUGGCACAUAAUAAUAUAAUUCCCACCUGCAUGGUUUGAUACACUAACAUUCAAUUGUUUCUUUCCCUACAGAGGAACAACCACUGUAGUGUUUUCUCCCCCGUCCCCCUUUACUUUAAUUCAUCUUCACCUCACUUUGGGGUCUAAAUGCUGCAGGCGAGUAAUUACUUGACCAGGUUUGUGAUUUUCCCCCUCAGGCACAGCACGCUGGAUUUACCCACACACUUUAUAUCUUUACUCAAAUCCACACUUGGGGAGCAACUUUCCUGCCUCUAGACAUUAUAAAGUGCGAGUUAAUGCUGCAUGUUACGCUCUUGUUUUGGUACUUGAAGGUCAGAGAGUAUUUGUGUGUUCCUCACGCUUUCCACAGUUGUCGGUUUACACUUUGAGAGAGCGAUGGAGGAGCUGCUAGCUGUUUGAACACUCACUUUGCCAUGAGGGAGCUCUUAAGAGGAGCUGUUAAGUUAACUUCAGGAGGUCAGGGACUGUUCUUUUUUUGUUUGCUCGAGUGCAGCAUGAGCAUCUGGGCCACCCUCCCAUAAGAAUACACCGACGGCACAUUAGCGACAGCAACGGCAUCCUUGUGUAAUAACAAAUUAGUGUUCAGUCAGACUGCGUGCUCAUAUCAGGAGAAAGAAGGGACCCUUGAGACGUGUUGUGACACUGAAAGGAGUCUAGUCACUGCAACGUUGCUUCAAAGGAUGGUCCUGUUUGCUUCUUGUUCUCCAGUGUCAAAAAAGCCAUUACUCCUCAUUUGCCUAAGAUCCAUCAGUCCACAACACAAAUGUUUUGUCAUGGAGAAAGGAACGUGGUACUAUUGAAGUGAGAUGAAGGGAGAGACUUGUCAAGGAAAUGCUGUUUAACUUUUAUGUGGAGAAAACUUGAAAGCUACCAUGCUAAAUUCCUGUAUUUCUCAUAUAGUGACUCACAUUUAAAAAAAAAAAAAAAAAAUGCUAUUUUUUUUCAUUUUCAAUUCAAACAGUAUGAGGUGAUUCACAUCAGGACUUUAAGCUUGACUCAAGGUGAAGCAACCUUGAGUCUAACAAGUGCUGAAACAUGUCAUGUCAUGAGUAUUGGCACUGUGUCCCCAUUUUUGCAGUCUUACUCACGAGCAAACCAACCAGAGCAGUUACUAGGAAAAAAACAACUGAACGUAUGUUUUCCAAAGAGACAUAAAUGUCAAACGUCCACUGUCAGAAGUCCUGAGUUUAUAUGUCAAAGUGAUUUGCAGGUCUGUUUUGUCUGAAAAUUGUGGAAUACUGAAUGACAGAAAAAGGAAUGUGAUGUUCUGUGGAGUGAGUCUGACGCGAAACCUGCACUGAAACACCUGCAGUGACAAAGCACCUCACACAUUCAGUGUCACUGCUGGAUCAUUGUACCUUUACACCAGAUAUUGUUUUUAUACUUUAAAUUUGUCAUAACUGUCAUGUUGGCUCUAGCUGGUGUCCUCUGAACCUUUCCCUCUUCUGUGAAGUAGUGUUGGUGACUCUUCUGUGUUUCAUGGGCGCCCCCUGCUGUUUGAAGAGGCUACAGUAAGAUGAAGAAAAAACAAAAAACUAGCUGGUCGUGGAUUGACCAGCCAACACACACAGCGCCUUCUCCCUCCUUUCUCCAGAGUCUGGUCCCUCGUUCUUCUUUGUAAAUUGUACAGACGGCAAACUUAAGCCACACAAAACUAUAGAAAAUGGAAAAAAAAUGAACGAUCCUUUUAAAAAUUGUAAAAAGAAAAGAAGACUAUGAUGGCAGAAACAAAAAAUACACCCUAAUGCUGAAAAAAUGGAACUCUUGAUGAAUGUGAUAUAUAUUUUAUUGAUCUUUUUUGGCGGGGCAACAUGAAUAUAUGUGUAUAAAAUAUGUAUGUUUAAUUUUCAAUCUCAGGUUCCAAUGGACCAAAUAAAUUUUUUAAAUUAAAAAAA